AUCCCAUAACUCCGCCGAAACGAGGGAUUUAGUAAAUCCGGGAUUUAACGCGCGCACAACAACCGUUUGGCUGGAUUUAGCGUAAAUCCGACAUAAAUCCCGCUGUAAAUCCGAUACCAAACAGCCACUAAUUGAUAUAUCCUACUUCCGAAAGAACUCAAAUGGCGGAGAAAGAGUGUAUAAGGGGUACGGCUAGCCGACGAGAAAAGAAAAAGAGGAAGAAGAUAGAACUGGAGAUGGAAGUAUUGUCAGAGACCGCGGAUAAAAUGGCUCCCGUAGUUGGCUACUUCCCGUCCGGCUACGACCCCGUCGCCGCAGGCGCCGAUCCUGACAUCAAGCUCUUUAGAAACAAGAAGAAGCCCAAUCGCCUUGAACUCGUGGUACGGCCAGAUGACUGCAACGUAGAGUUCGUUGGUAAGAGUUAUGCCGGCGAGGCUGCUUUGCCGCAGCUCUGCACCUACGCCCUUGGCGUCGUUGACAAGGAAACCCAGACUCUGAAGAUUUUUCCCAUUGCUGCCAACAAGCAUCAUGACAAGCUAGUAAUAUGCGAGAGCAUUCAGAUCCUUAGGUUGGAGCCUAGAUUUAUCAAUGGUUUUGGAGAGCCUACAAAAGUAGGCGAGGAAGUCAUUAUUGAUGAGAAAAAGAAGCAUCCGAUGGCAGAUCUUAAUCUUCUUUAUGGAACAAAGAGGUCUAAGAUUAUUGAAAGUAGACGGCAAUCAAUAAAUAAAAAACUAAAUGAUCCUUCUAUACUUGGGCCCCUUGAAGUUGGAACAGAUGGAAACUUGAAUGAUGAAGCUUCAAAAGAUAUUAAAGAACCUUUGGAUCGUAAUAUUCCACCUUAUGAUCCCUCUGCCGUGACACCACAGAGUGCUUAUCCAUUAAAUAAUAUUAUACCAAAAGGAGAACGAGGUUAUCUCAAGGACAUUCUGGAGACCUUGGAAUUGGAGCCUGAUAAUGCUCGUAAUGCCGAAUUUUGGGAGAGUAACUACUACCCGAGUUUCGUUAUUCAUCGAUUGUCUAAGCUGAGGGAGAUACAGGACGAGGAGGAAAAGACCCAGUUUGCGUGCAUAUUGUCAUACAUCACUCACCUUAUAAACUUCCGGAAGGUUGCAGAAUCUGUACGACGCAGAAAAGAUAAACCUGAUUAUGCUGAAGCAAUGAGCAAAUUCAUGAUACCAAGCGUUGUCUUUCAAAGGUUUCUCACACUCUUCUUGGAUCCAGUCUCGAAUUUAAUUUCAUCUGAAAAGAGUGUACUCCUAAUUUGCUACGUCUUAGUUCUGACCCUCCAUGCGGACGACUUUCUGACCGACUCAACUGACAUUGAAAAGGAUUUGGCUAUCGCCAGAGAUUCACUUAAACCAUAUUUUCUGCAAUUGGGAUGCAAAACUGACAACCCUAAACCCUUUCAGAAAUCUCGAAUGACUCUUCCAGUCCCACUAGUUUUUCAGGGCCUAAAGAAGAGGAGAUUUAGACGGAGAGGUAUUUUUGCUUAAGCCGCUGGUUUCUAAUUAUUGAAGAUUUACUUCGACAUUCACUGGCCGAGUACUGAGAUUUCAAACUUCAAAUGAAUGGUUAUUAAUGGAUUAUCAACAAGAGAUUUACGAGUUUCUCUGGUUUUACAUAUGCUUCAUAUAUUAUGCUGCGAUUGUCUUUGUUUGAAUCCUUUCAAGUCUUUUCAAAUUGUUCAUCUCUGACAAUUGGAAGAGCUUUGUCGAGCUCUACAAAACUUAAAUCCUCCAUUGUUGGUGGAAUUGAUCCAGUUUUAAUCAGCUGGAAUAUAUCUUGUCCAGAUUGAAGCUUGCCAAUCAAUUUCAUUGUGAUUUGGUUCGGAUCA